CUUUAUAAGGUUUUGAUUGAAAUAUACGACCCAUCAUGCGAUUUCGAGCUAAAGUGGUAGACAUUGGCUGUAUUGAACAGUUCACAAGAGUGGUAAGCACAAUCGCCAAGAUGACUCCACUUUGUGUCUUGAGACUGACCGUCAACCGUAUGUACUUCAUUCUGAAUGACAAAGUGGCCAAGGGAGGCAUCUGGUGUGAACUAACUGCUAGCAACUUCUUUGAUGAGUAUCGCAUGGAAGGAUUGUCGGAGGAAGCCAAUGAGAUUUAUCUGGAGAUCACACCAGACGACAUCGUCAGAGCAAUGAAGACGGCACAGAAUGCCAAGUCAAUCAAAGUCAAGCUCACCAAGAAAUUCAGCCCGUGUCUCACAUUUGACAUUGAAUUGCCAUCCAGAACAGGUCAUAGCCGUAAUGUCGUGCAUGACGUCCCUGUCAAUGUCAUCCCCAAGAGUAUAUGGAAUGAGUACAGCGAACCAACUGUUCCUGACUUUGAUGUCAGUAUUUGUAUGCCACCUCUGAAAUCCCUUCGGAAUGUCGUUGAAAGAAUGAAAAAUCUUGGAAGCUAUUUGGAACUUUCAGCCAAUCAGAAUGGGGAGAUGAGAUUGAGGGUGGAGACUGAGCAGGUGACUGUUUCCACACACUUCAAGGAUUUGGAGAUUCCUGAAUGGGUAAAUGAAGGAUCCGAGACCCAGACACAAGGCAGGCAACCAGAUGAGAUGGUUGGGGCCCGAGUGGACAUCCGAAGGUUCCUACAGUUCCUGGCUGGACAGCAGCUGAACCCACCAAAGAUCAUAUGCAAUAUUGUUGACAACAGACUGAUUCACUUCUUCCUAUUACAAGAAGACAUCUCCAUGCAGUAUUCUAUGCCCAUCGUCCAACAGUGAUGCUCUUGAAUUUUUUACAGUGUUCACUGAAACCCUGAGGAACCAGUAAGACUGCUUGGUCUCGUUUUUGUCUUUAGCCAACGAUUGAUGCUUGUGAGGUCAGCUGUAGUUGAUGAUCACGUUUCUACCUCAGAUUUGAAAUCUUGACACACUUAGAGGAACUCAAAGCAGAAAACAUGUACACUGUAGCAGCUGUAUGGUGAUCAUUCAUGGUAGGAAAUCCCAUGACUGCAGAAAUAUGCAAGUUCUAAUGUGAGAACACAUGGUGAAUGGAAAAACCAAGUGGUCAUGACUGCUGUCACUGUACGACUCUGCGAGCAAGUACGUCCUCAGCGGUGAAAACCAAAAUGAGAUAGAAGGACACUGGAGUUGUGAGUCUGUGCUCAGGCGCGUUUCUCUGCAAAGAUGUUACGGAUUGUUGCACACUCAUUUGAAUGAGUUAUGUGUACUGUGUGGCGUAUCCAUGCACGCAUGCGGUUUUUCCAUAUAUUUUUCUCGUGAUUGUUACUGAAGUAAGUUUUGACGGAAAACAAAGUCUGUAGAAUGAGGUUUUGUGCCAGUGAACUGAACAUUGCCGGCAUGCACUUUUGAAGGUCAGGAGAAAGUGGUGAGAAAUAUUCAGCUUUUGCUGGGAUGUGCUGAUCGUUUGAGCAGUGAAUAAUUGAAUUGAUGAAAAAAAAAAGAAAACAUGAACUUGUUGUUUUAUGUGUCAUGAACUGAUACUGUGUAAAACCGAUGUUGAGAAAUUUAACAUGCAAGUGAAUUGGCUUAACAUCAAUACCUCAAUGAAAAAAAUGACAUUCGUCAGUAAGGUGGCCCUGCAAAUACGACAAUUUGGACGCCAUAAGUAUCGAAUAUAGGUUGACAAAUUAAAAGGACCGAAAUUUCAAAACGGAGUUAAGCGUCCCAAGUCAAUGAAUGCAAUCAUGGAUGUAGCCGAGUCCAUUAAGGGUCCAUCUCAAGUCCAGUCACAAGGAAAUCACAAGUCCAGUCACAAGUAACAGUGGAUGAACAAGAACAAAGGAAUGCCUUUGUCAAAACUCAAUGGAAUAGCUUGUAAGUUGAAUUGGGACUGGAUGACUUGUGAUGGACUUGCAGGGACUUAUCUCGACUGAUGAACUCAACUACAUCACUGAUUGCCAUAAUUUUCACUUGGAAAUGGACUUUCCAUGGGGAGAGAUGGCUAUUCACUGCCCCCCCCCCCUUUCACACACACAGUUUACCACAUGCGAAAUAUUCAGACUAGAAUGGCACCUGAUUUUGAAGCCUCAAUUUGUUCCUUUUGAUUUAAUUUAUUUAAAUGUAGUGUGAAUAGGUUACACAGUUACUAAGGUGAAAUGCAUGUUAAUGAUUUUUUUUUUUGCCAAACAAAUCUCCCUAUCUUUCGUAAUUAAGACUCAAAAACGAUAAUGAUGUUAAUCUUUGACAUUCAAUCAAUAUGAGUCAUUGCGCUGUCACGUAAAAAAAAGUAGUCUUAUGAAGACUUCAUGUGAGCAAUGUUCAGAGUAGAACAACAUUUUCUGUAAAAGGAGAGGACACCCAAAAGGCUCCUCAACUUAUUGCAUUUACAUGUAGUUCGCAUUGUUUGGUCAAUUUUUGAGGAUAUUAUCCCAACCAAAUUUUAGUUUAAUAAUCACCCGAACUUCCAAAUAAUCCACAUUCCAGUUUUCAAUUUUGAUUGUCCUUUUUUCAGGAGAACUUUUUAAGAGUUGCCAAUAUUUCUUUUGGUUCAUAUAAUUCCUAUAAUUUCCACCAGCUGUUUGCUGUUUUUUGUCCGUUGUGUUAGAUAUACAAAAUUUGGAUUGAAAAACAAUUUUUUUGUGCAAGUUGGGACUGUUUUCCCAGAGAGAAAAUUGCAUCGUUUUGUGAGGGGGAGGAGGUUAUUCCGUUGAUCUGAUCAUUCUCUUUGACACAUGGAUGUAUGACAUUUCGAGUGAUGCCUUCUGUGAAAGGUUUACCGAAGGCGACGUUCAUCAUCACCCACCUGUUGUUCAGCCCAGACCGGGGGCUGCGCGCCUUGCCAUCCCCACAUGGGAUUCGGUGAGUGACCGCUGUGCCGCGUGGCACUGCCGACUCGGUGGCGCGCGAGUGCCGAAUUGAAACGUCUCUCAAAUAUCAAGAGUUAAUAUACUUGUACAUGUAUAAAGAUGCAUGUAUUGUCAUCACUUUUGUUUUUAAAUCCUUGAAUUAGGUAAUGCUUCAUCAUGUGUUAGUUUCGAGUUUCACUUUAAAAACGAAAUUGCUUUUAUAUCACAAAAAGUAAUAUUUACUUUUUCCGAAAUAAAUGUUAUUCAAUUCUGAAUGAGACGAUGAAAAAAUAUUCGCCCACGUUUAAUUAUAGAAUGAUGAAUUUCUCCAUUCGAAAUUAUUUGCGGCCCGACCAUAAUUCAGGCGGAUUUUUUUUGUGCAUUAGAGGCGGAAAAGCAACGCCCCCACCAAAAAAAGGGUCUUUCCAGAGAGUUGUAGGCCCUCGUAGAGUAGAGAAGCAGGUUUUUCUUUCCCCGGUAAAAUAAAACACCAUAAUUGAACUUUUGUUAGUAGAAGAACAAUCAAAUUUGUGAAAGAGCAUGUUUUACAGGCGAAGGGAGAAUCCCCACCGCUGUCUCACAAUUGUUUUAUUAAGCGUGUUAAGUUCACCUGGAAUGAACAAGGAGCAAAUAAUUAGCGGUGGAUUAAGCGAGUGGGAUGGGUUUCCCAACCUUUUUGUUAAUGAUAAUUUCAUCAGUUUUAGCCUUCACGAUCAAACCCUUAGAAUUUCAAAGCGAUCUCAACUUAUAUUUUCAUUGUUUUAUGCCAAAUUUUCUCAUGAAUUUUGUUUCAUUUUUCUGUUGAAAGUCGUCCUGGUGCGGUUUGAUAUUGUCGCAGUUUUUUAAUUAAAUUAAAUGUCUGUCAAGGUUUUUCAUUUCUAGCUUGCGCUUGUGUUGGAGAAGGUCAAAACUCAAAUAUUAAAAUGCUCAUCCUUGAGUGGAAAAAGUCAUGUUUUAAGACUGAAAAUUGGCUGAUUGAUUGUUAACAAAGGUGACCGUUUCCGAACUUGCAAUUAAAGUGAUGUAAGAUUGAAGUUUU